AUGUUCCUACUCGGAGUUACAGGGUCGCGAAAGCCAAGACCCGAAACACAAACUCAAAUCUUGGCGUAUUUUUCUUAUAAAAAAAAAGGAACUUUUGAUACUGAAACAGGAAUUCCUUAUGGUACAGUAAAUUUAGUUUGGGGUGUACCAGUAGGUGAAACAAAUAUAACAUGUACUGCUGGUGGUGGAACAUUUUUAAUCGAAUUUGGAACAUUAUCUCGUCUUACCGGUGAUCCAAAAUAUGAACGGGCGGCAUUAAAAGCUUUACAAAGUCUUUGGUCAAAACGAUCGUCAAUCAAUCUUAUAGGAAAUCAUAUAAAUAUUCAAACAGGUGAAUGGACAGCAAAUGAUUGUACAAUUGGUUCUGGUGUUGAUUCUUAUUUUGAAUAUUUAGUAAAAGGUGCAAUUUUAUUUCAACAACCAGAACUAAUUAAUAUGAUGAAUGAAUAUAUUAAAGCAAUCGAUACACAUAUGAGUGAUGGAACAGGUUGGUUUGUUUUUGCAAAUUAUCAACAAGGUCGAAAAACAAUGCCAUUAUUUGCAUCACUGGAUGCUUUUUAUCCAGGUUUGUUGACAUUGCUUGGCAAACUUGAUCGAGCACGUGAAACUUUAUAUGCAUAUCAUACAAUGUGGAGAAAAUAUGGUUCAAUGCCAGAAUUUUAUAAUCUUGCCCAACAUGAUUGUAUGCAAGGAAGAGAAGGUUAUCCAUUAAGACCAGAACAUAUUGAAUCAAUAAUGUAUUUAUCAAAAGCAACUGAUGAUGAUACAUUAUUAUUUAUGGCUGCUGAUAUAUUUGAUGCAAUUGAAUCGUGUUGUAAAACUUCAUGUGGAUAUACAUCGUUAAAAAAUGUAAAAGAUCAUCGUCUUGAUAAUCGUAUGGAAUCAUUUUUUCUUGCUGAAACAGUAAAAUAUCUUUAUUUAAUAUUUGAUGAAAAUAAUUUUUUACAUUCAAAUGGAGAAUAUGCUACAGACCAUCGAACAUCAUUCGGUUCAUGUUUUCUUGAUACGGGUUAUAUUUAUAAUACAGAGGCACAUCCGAUUGAUAUUGGUUCACUUGAUUGUUGUACAAGAUCAUUAAUAGAUGAAAAAUCAUCGGAUAAAAUGGACAAAAAUUUAUUGACAAAGAAACAAAUGAGAUGGUUAGGAAAUUCAUUAUUAAAUCAAGAUAAAGAUGAAUUAUCUGGUGCAAUAAAGACAAAUUAUAGUUUAUUAACAUGUUCAGCUUUAACUUUUGAACAGCGUUUUUCUCUUUAUGGAGAAAUUUUAACAUGA